AUGACGUAUCGAAACUUUGACGAAGGAUUCUUGUUCACCAACUUCUCACUGGCGUCAGAAAGCGAGGUUAUGUCUGAUCUCACCUCUCUAUGGCACGACUCGGACGGCUUCUUUGCUGAGACUGUAUCGAUGCUCUAUCCUACGAGUCUUUACAAUCGAACCCACCUUGACGCCUUGACUAUUUACCCCGAGGCUCGGGAGGCUGGGAUUCUGGAAUCCCCUCUUUCGGACUCUUUCGUGAAGCGGUCCGCUAUCAUUGGCGACGCUCUAGUGAAUUGCCCAACCAGACAUAUUGCUAGGUCAGUAGUCAAGCAUGGUCAACCGGCCUACAAGCUCGUCUUCGACGCAGGCUACCAGUUUCACGGAACUACGGAUUAUUAUUUGUACAGUAGUGUGACGAAUGCCGAUGGCUCGAAUGGAGGAGAUUUCUCUUUUCCCGGAAACGCCACCUUGGCCAAGAUCAUGCGAGGCUACUAUAUUUCCUUCGCUCUCAACCACGACCCCAAUGGCGACGGCGACAAAACAGCGAAGCCUUUGUGGCCUAAAUAUCAAGAGGAAGACUCCGAAGUUCUUUGGGUUGGGUACACAGAUAUCGAGGGUCGCGCUGAUCCGGACAACUCGGCCAAUUGCCAGUUCCUGCUGAACACACGUGGUACAAACUGCGGCCUGGUUGAGGACUGGUAA